UAGCGGGCUGUGGCGGUGUGUGGUGCGGAGGUGCGGUGUGCGGUGCGUGCUCCCGCCGCAUUCUGGCGAGGGUCAGGGACGGCACGAGCCCAGGACCGCAGGAGCGGUACAUGAGUGUCCCCGACCAGUGUCUGGCGCGCUCUGCCGCCGACACCAUGCAGCCGGGCGUGCUGCAGCUGGAGAAGGAGCUGCUGCAGCUGACGCUGAGCUCGCCGGCCAGCCUGUCGCCGCCGGGCGGCCCGCUGGAGCCGGCCUCCGACCCGGAGACGUCGCCAGACCAGGCCGCCAUGCAGGUGGGCUACCGCGAAGGGCGCGCGCCGCAGGCCGGCCUCAUGGAGGGCAUCUUCGGCUGCCUGCGGCCCGUCUGGACCAUCAUCAGCGCCAAGAAGGCCAUGGCGCCGCCCGAGAACUGGGAGGUGCCGUUCGAAACCAUCAGCGACCUGCAGUGGCUGGGCUCGGGCGCACAGGGUGCCGUGUUCCGCGGCAGCCUGCGCGGUGAGACGGUGGCCGUGAAGAAGGUGCGCGAGUGCAAGGAGACGGACAUCCGGCACCUGCGCCGUCUCAACCACCCCAACAUUGUGCAGUUCAAGGGCGUGUCGACGCAGGCGCCCUGCUUCUGCAUCAUCAUGGAGUACUGUCCGUAUGGCUCACUUUACGACCACCUCAAGGACGGCAAGGAGAUCGCGCCCAAGCGGCUCAUGGACUGGACCAAGCAGAUCGCAACGGCCAUGAGCUACCUCCAUCAGCACAAGAUCAUCCACCGCGACCUCAAGAGCCCCAACAUCCUGAUCGGCAACAGCGAGAGCAUCAAGAUCAGCGACUUCGGCACCAGCCGCGAGUGGAACAACAUGAGCACGCGCAUGUCGUUCGCCGGCACCGUGGCCUGGAUGGCGCCCGAGGUCAUCCGCAACGAGCCCUGCUCGGAGAAGGUGGACGUCUGGUCGUUCGGCGUCGUGCUCUGGGAGCUGCUGACCUGCGAGAUGCCGUACAGCGACGUCGACUCGAGCGCCAUCAUCUGGGGCGUGGGCAGCAACUCGCUGCACCUGCCCAUUCCGCAGACCUGCCCAGACGGCUUCAAGCUGUUGGUCAAGCAGUGCCUCAGCGCCAAGCCGCGCAACCGGCCCUCCUUCCGCCACAUCCUCAUGCACCUCGACAUCGCCGCGCUCGAGGUGCUCACCAUACCCUGCGACGCCUACUUCCGCACUCAGGCGGUGUGGCGACGCGAGGUCAAGGCGCACAUGGAGCGCGUGCGCACCGAGCGCGCCAGCAUCCAGCAGGGCGGCGAGGAGCUCGUGCGCAAGCGGCGCGAGGAGCUCAAGCACGCGCAGGACAUCCGGCAGCACUACGAACGCAAGCUGGAGCGCGCCAACAACCUCUACCUGGAGCUCAGCACGUGCCUGCUGCAGCUGGAGCAGCAGCAGCGCGACAUGAACACGAUGGCGGCGGCGCGCGCGCGCAGCCCGGCAGCGCUCUCGCUGGAGGCGGGCACGAGCCGGCGGGCGGCGCUGGCGCGCAGUCCCGAGCCGUUCCUGCGCUCGCCGCACCGCCAGCUGGCGGAGAGCAGCACGCAGACCCCACCGACCGAGCGGCCGGAGCGGCGGCCGCUGACGCUGGCGCUGCAGACGCGGCUCACCGAGAACGGCAACGCCACGACGACCACCACCACCGUGCCGGGCGGCCGGCUGCCCGAUGAGACCAACCACAACUGGCAGCCAGCCGCCGGCAGCAGCGGCCACCUGUACGCGACCGAGGCCGGCAACGGCAACGUGGCGGAUGCGCUGGCGCCGCGCCGCUGCCUGCUGUUUGACGACAGCGACAACGACGCGUGCCUGGUGCAGGAGGCGGCCGGGCGGCGCUCGCUCGUGCGCGUGCACUACGCGCGCCACCUGAGCAGCUCGGGUGAGUCCGACUGCGACGUGCACACGGCGCCGCUGCCGGCGCGGCGCCGCCAGCUGCGCAACGCGCUCAUCUCGCGCCACUCCGAGUCGGAAGACGGCGAGGCGCCGGCGCUGCGGCGCAAGUGCGUGACGCGGCGGCCAGUAACGCGCACACGCGCCCGGCCGCCCUCGCUGCGCCUGCCGCUGGAGGCGGCGGCCACGGCGACGGCCAAGCGACCGCUGAGCUCGGGGGACGAGCGCGAGCCCGAGGCGAGCUCGGAGGAGGGCAGCCGCGAGCUCAGCAGCGAGGAGACGCUCGGCUCCCGCCGCCAGCCCACCUCCGACAGCCUGUACUCGGACGGCGAGGCGGCCGACUCCCUCGCGAUGCGCCCGCAGCUCCGGUAGCUGCCGCGCUCGCUCCGCGCCGCGCCGCAUGGUUGUCUGCUCACCCGAUCAGCCGGGCGCUUGCCGUGCGAGUAGCGGCCGCUCAGGCGCCCGCCGUGGUGUCACGGUCAGCUGCGCCGACUUCCAGACCCACUCAGUGACCUGUCCGGGAUAGACCUCCGGCUGCCAGCGGGAGAAGCGCAGCUGGUGUGUACAGUCCUGCUACACGGCUCGGCCAAACCGGCCCUAGCCACGGCCCGUGUAAAUACCCACGCCGGCUGGACGGCGUGCUCUGGUGCUCGGAGGGGAUUCCCCGAUCCCCGGAAAGCUCCCACCACCUCCGGUGCCAGGAGCUCUCGUGCGGGUUCCCUGCUCCUCACAGCUGAGGCGCCAUCCCCGGGACCUGACGGCCGCGGGGACCGCUGCGCGAGUCCGGACGUCGGUCGACAGGCGCCCCGGGGGUGGCCGGCUGCGGGCAGU